AUGGCCUCGAUAGCAAAACAUCACCAAAAGGCCGCAAGACACUCAUUUCGGCGACAAACAUGGGGAAAUGGGUUUUUUUGUCGACGAGUUCGUGCUUCACUGGAUCCCUGCCCUGUUGAGUUCCUUCUUGGUGUCGAACCCAUGCCUCGAUUGCAGUUUGACCUCGAACGCAACGCGAACGCACGCGAAGAGCGGAGUCACCGCGACAAUGAACUCGAAGAAGAGUCUGAAACUCUCAAUAGAGCGUGA